AUGAGUGAUCUUGGUUUUGCAUCAUCAUCAUCAUCAUCAUCCACAGAGCUUACGAGGGAUUUGUUUGUUCAUCUCAACCAAGCAAUAACGAUAAAGAAGUUUAUGGUUAUGGAGGCCUCAGCAUCCAUUUGCAACAACAGCAUAGGAUUACCAUUCAUCUUCUCUUUCUCUUCUGCCAUUACACACAAAUCUGCUACUUUCUCACCUAUGCUUGUCAAGUCCAUGGCCACUCCCAAGCCACUUCCUCCAGUCUCCAGAACUGUAGGCUCUAGAAAGGUCAGUGAAACACACACGUAUAAACACAAUCUUUCCAAGUGCACAUUGCAGAACUCAACUGUGUUCCCACUUGGAGAACAACCUAGGAGCAGUCCUGUGACAGCCACUCCUCCCAUAAAACUUCUGACAAGGAUGGAGCAGCUGAAGCUGCUGAGCAAAGCAGAGAAAGCAGGGCUGCUAUCUACAGCAGAGAAUUUUGGGUUCUCCCUCUCAGCAAUAGAGCGGCUGGGACUCCUCUCAAAGGCAGAAGAGUUGGGUGUGCUAUCUGCUGCCACUGAUCCGGGAACUCCAGGGACUCUCUUGACCCUCAGCUUGGGGUUGCUGCUCCUAGGACCAUUGUUUGUAUACCUGGUUCCUGAGGACAACUUGGGGGAAGUGGGUUUGCAGGUUCUAGUUGCCUUCAUCACUGUACUUGGGGGUUCUGCUGGUUUUGCUGCAUCAAAUUUUGUAUCCAACUUGCAGAAAUUGAAAUAA